AUGGUUUCCAGUGAUACUGAUUCCAUUGUGGUCAAGUCCGACGCUGGAAGUGAUGUGGCCUCUUAUCGUGGUUUCGACGCCACCGCUGAUGAGCAGGUUCACGACCUCGCCAGAAAGCUAACCAAUGAAAGUGGCCAUUUGUCGCUUUUUUUGGCAGACGGAAAGCCAAGACCUUCGGUUGUUUCCGACAGUGCUCAUUUGGUGAGAACCUUGUCGACCAUGUCUAAUGUGCCUGGUGUUUCCACCUUCACUGAAGGUGAGAUUGAUUCCCGUCUUGACCCCAACUCCGACGAUUUUGACUCCAAGCUUUGGGUUAAAAACUUCAGAAAGCUCAUGGACAAUGAUCCAGACUACUACAAGCAUACUUCCUUGGGAAUUGCAUACAGAAAUUUGCGUGCGUCUGGUAUCGCUGCAGAUGCCUCGUACCAGCCUACCAUUCUCAAUUACCCCUACAAGGUGGUGGAAGACUUGUACAACAAAUUUGCUAAGGAGAAUCCUGCCAGAUUCUUUGAUAUCUUGAAGCCUAUGGAUGCUAUUAUGAAGCCAGGUUCUCUUACUGUUGUCCUGGGUAGACCAGGUGCAGGUUGUUCCACUUUGUUGAAGACCAUCAGUGCUCAGACCUACGGUUUUAAAAUUGCGCCGGAAUCUGAGAUUUCCUACGACGGUUUCACCAUGAAUGAAAUCAACAAGCACUAUAGAGGUGAAGUUGUCUACUCUGCUGAGGUGGACAACCAUUUCCCUCAUUUGACCGUCGGUCAGACUCUGAACUUUGCAGCUGGUUUGAGAACUCCUCAGAACAGAGGCAAUGGAAUCAACAGAGAGGUGUACGCCAAACAUAUGACGGAUGUUUAUAUGGCAACCUAUGGUUUGCUGCACACCAGAAACACCAAGGUUGGUAACGACUUAGUCAGAGGUGUUUCUGGUGGUGAACGUAAGAGAGUUUCCAUUGCCGAAGUGUCUCUGUGUGGAUCUGCCUUGCAGUGCUGGGAUAACGCCACUAGAGGUCUGGAUGCUGCCACCGCUUUGGAGUUCAUUAGGGCCUUGAAGACUUCUGCUGUUCUUUUGGACACCACUCCACUCAUUGCCAUCUACCAAUGUUCUCAAGAUGCCUAUGACUUGUUCGACAAUGUCAUCGUUUUGUACGAAGGUUACCAGAUUUACUUUGGUUUGGGAACAAAGGCUAAGGAUUACUUCUUGCGCAUGGGUUACGACUGCCCACCAAGACAGACCACUGCCGAUUUCUUGACUUCUUUGACCAACCCAAGUGAGAGAGUCGCCAAGCCAGGAUUCGAAAAUAAGGUGCCAAAGACACCUAAGGAGUUCUCCGACUACUGGCGUAACUCCCCAGAGUUUGUGGAGCUUACUGAAGAGGUUGACGCUUAUAUCCAAGACCACAAGGUGAACAACGCCACUACUGAGUUUUUGGAGAGCAAGGUUGCCAGACAAUCCAACCACACCAGACCUACCUCCUCUUACACUGUCUCGUAUUCGAUGCAAAUCAAGGCUAUUUUGAGAAGAAACUGGUGGAGACUUCAAGGUGAUCCUUCGAUUACUUUGUUCUCCGUUAUUGCCAACACCAUCAUGGGUUUGCUUCUAUCGUCUCUGUUUUACAACCUGCCUGCCACUUCUGGAUCCUUCUAUUACCGUUCUGCCUCGCUCUUCUUUGCCGUCUUGUUCAAUGCCUUUUCUUCGCUUUUGGAGGUCAUGGCUCUGUUUGAAUCUAGACCCAUCAUUGAGAAACAUAAGAAAUACGCAUUAUACCAUCCUUCCGCAGAUGCCAUGGCUUCUAUUAUCAGUGAAUUUCCUCCCAAGCUUAUCACCGCUGUUGGUUUCAACCUCGUUUUCUACUUCAUGGUGAACUUCAGAAGAAACCCAGGUAGGUUCUUCUUCUACUUCUUGGUGAACUUUCUUGCUACCUUGGCCAUGUCUCAUAUCUUCCGUUCUAUUGGUUCUUUCUACAAAACUCUGUCUGAAGCCAUGUCUCUUGCAGCUCUGAUUUUGCUUGCUCUGGUUAUCUACACUGGUUUCGUGGUCCCAACCCCAAGUAUGCUUGGCUGGUCCAGAUGGAUCAAUUAUCUGGAUCCAAUUGCUUAUGUGUUUGAGUCCUUGAUGACCAACGAGUUCCAAGAUAGGCUUUUCGAGUGCUCGGCUUUCAUUCCUUCCGGUGAGGCAUACUCCAAGUACCCUAGUGCUAACAAGGUGUGUUCGUCUGUGAGUUCCGUGGCCGGAGAGGACUUCGUCAACGGUACCAAAUAUGUGAACGCAGCUUAUGCCUACUACAACAAGCAUAAGUGGAGAAACGUGGGUGUUGUUAUUGCCUUUGUCGUCUUUUUCCUGGGUGUCUACCUGGCUAUCUGUGAGUUAUCGAGAGGUUCUUUGCAGAAGGGUGAAGUCUUGGUGUUCCAGUCUUCAACUUUGAGAAAGCUCAAAAAGCAAAACAAGCUCAUCAACUCCGAUGACCCCGAAUCUGCCCUUAAUGGUGAAAAACAAGCCUCUGUUAUUGAGGAAACUGGUUCGACCAGUGAGGAUAAGGGAGGAGCUGCUGUCAAGCUUAGUGCCGGUAAGGACAUUUUCCACUGGCGUGAUGUUUGUUACGAAGUGAACAUCAAGACCGAAGUGAGAAAAAUUCUGAACCAUGUUGAUGGUUGGGUUAAGCCAGGAACUUUGACUGCUCUUAUGGGUGCUUCUGGUGCUGGUAAGACUACUUUGCUUGAUGUGUUGGCCAACAGAGUCACCAUGGGUGUUGUGACUGGUUCUAUGUUCGUCAACGGUCGUUUGAGAGAUGACUCGUUCCAACGUUCUACUGGUUAUGUUCAGCAACAAGAUUUGCAUUUGCAAACUGCCACUGUAAGAGAAUCUCUUCGUUUUUCGGCCUAUUUGAGACAACCUGCUUCGGUUUCCCAAGCUGAGAAGGACGAAUAUGUUGAGAAUGUCAUUGAAAUCCUGGAAAUGGAGAAGUACGCUGAUGCCAUUGUUGGUGUUAGUGGUGAAGGUCUGAACGUUGAGCAGAGAAAGAGACUGACCAUCGGUGUUGAGCUGGCUGCUAAGCCUCAAUUGCUUCUGUUCUUGGACGAGCCUACUUCUGGUUUGGAUUCUCAGACAGCCUGGUCUAUUUGUCAGUUGAUGCGUAAGCUGGCUGACAACGGUCAAGCUAUUCUGUGUACUAUUCACCAGCCUUCAGCCAUCUUGCUCCAAGAGUUCGACAGAUUGUUGUUCUUGGCAAGAGGUGGACGUACUGUUUACUUCGGUGAUUUGGGUGAAAACUGUACUACUCUGAUUGACUACUUUGAAAAACACGGUGCUCAUCCAUGUCCUCACGAUGCCAACCCUGCCGAGUGGAUGUUGGAAGUCAUUGGUGCUGCCCCAGGUUCUCAUGCCAAUCAGGAUUAUCACGAGGUGUGGAUGAAUUCUGCUGAACGUGCGGCUGUUCGUACAGAGCUGGCUACCAUGGAACAUGAAUUAGUCAAAAUUCCAAAGGAUGAUUCUCCAGAUGCCCGCAAGGAGUUUGCUGCUCCACUGUGGUUCCAGUACACCCAGGUCACCAGGCGUGUGUUCGAACAGUACUUCAGAACUCCAACUUACAUCUGGUCCAAACUUCUUCUUACUAUCAUCUCUGCUAUUUUCAAUGGUUUCUCUUUUUUCAAGGCUGGUCUCUCUCUCCAAGGUCUUCAGAACCAGAUGCUUGCCAUCUUUAUGUUCUUGAUUGUCUUGAUGACUUUGACUCAGCAGUAUCUGCCAAACUACGUCUUUCAACGUGGUCUAUACGAGGCCAGAGAACGUCCUUCAAAGACCUUCUCUUGGCUUGCAUUUAUUUUGGCUCAGAUCACGGUUGAAAUUCCAUGGCAAAUGUUGUGUGGUACCUUGUCUUUCUUCUGUUGGUACUACCCAGUUGGUAUGUAUGAAAACGCUGUUGCCACUGAUACCGUUCACGAGCGUGGUGCUUUGAUUUGGUUGUACAUCGUCGCUUUCUUUGUAUAUGCUUCCACAUUGGCUCAAUUGUGUGUUGCUGGUAUGGAGAUUGCCGAUAAUGCCGCCAACUUGGCUUCCCUGAUGUUCACCAUGUCUCUCAAUUUCUGUGGUAUCUUGAAAUACCCAAGUGGAUUCUGGAUUUUCAUGUACCGUGUCUCGCCAUUCACCUAUUGGGUGCAAGGUGUGUUGAGUACUGGUGUUGGUAAAUCUAAAGUGACUUGCUCCACGUCGGAGUACGUCCAUUUCCCACCACCAAGCGGAAUGAAUUGUGGUGAUUACAUGAAGGACUAUAUUAGUGCGGCGGGUGGUUACUUGCUGGACGAAGAUGAGACUUCUAAGUGUUCGUUCUGCUCUACUGCUUCCACGGAUGUGUACUUGGCCUCGGUCAAUUCUUACUACUCUCAGAGAUGGAGAAAUUACGGUAUUUACAUCGCUUUCAUCUUCAUCAACAUAUUUGGCACUGUGUUCUUGUAUUGGCUGGUUAGAGUUCCAAAGUCCAAGAACAGAGUCAAGGACGAAGCCCCUUCCGCAGAAGAGGAGGAGCAGAAGACUAUUGAGAGACAGCUUUCAAGAACACAGAGCAGAAACUCCAAGAAGUCUAGAAAGUCCAUUAUCUAG